AUGUUACAAUCGAUUUUAAAGAACUCCGAACAAGCUUUCAAGGCCAAAAUCCGGGAGGACCGAGCUUCGGUGAAUCGUUUAGGCACGAAUCUAACCUUAGAUGAAUACAAAUUCAUAAUUUCGAAGGUUUUAAAAGCCAAAUCGAAUCAAGAUUUUCAAUUACCGAGUGACAAAACUCUAUUGGAUAAAUACGACGUCCUUGAAUUAAACAACGGCGCAAAAGAAUUAAUCGUACCGUCGAAUGAAACCUCCAAGAUUAUUUUUUACGUUCACGACGACGAGCUUUACAAAAUUUUACUCGACGCUCAUUUACAUUUAAAACAUGGCAAUUGUGACGAAAUGUUGCAAUAUCUCAACCAGAGUUACAAAAAUAUAACGUAUAAAGACGUGUCAAUAUUUUUGAGCUUUUGUCAAGAUUGUCAAGACAAAGCUACUCUGGAUGAGAAAGAUCUGAUUGAAAAAUAUUCACAUUUUAACACCGUUUGUCAAAUUGAAUUAAUCGACUUUGAAUCGUGUGAAGACAAUGGAUACAAAUUCGUUAUGAUCUACCAAGAAUUAUUAACAAAAUUCGUGAUCCUCAAACCGUUAAAAUCGUACGAAUCUGAAGAAGUAGCCCAAAAUUUAAUCAACAUUUUCGGUACUUUAGGCCCUCCUAUCUAUCUCAAAUCUAACAAGAGCGACGACUUCGUCGAGGGAAUAAUAAGCCGGCUAAAAGUCCUCUGGCCCCCUGUUAAAAUCGAAUAUUUAAAAUCGGACCGUUGGGAUGAUCUAAUCGGGCCUGAAAUCGAAACUAUGGUCAGAGUUUGGAUGACCAAUAAUAAGAAAUCGCAAUGGAGUGAAGGAGUCCGGUUUGUCCAAUUGAAAAAAAAUACAACGUUUCAUUCGAAAUUGAAAAAAACACCAUAUGAAGCGCUCUUCAAACAUCCAGUCGAGACACUUUACCCGAAAAUGGAAAAAAACGGGGACACACAGGAAGAAUCUGAAGAUUUUCAAGAAAUUGAGAUGGACGUGAAGGAAGAACCGGUGGAUGAAAUCGAAAAUGACCCUCUGGAGCUGGCCGAAGAAGCCCUCGAGAUUGCGAAGAGUGAACCCGAAAGCGACUAA